AUGAGACUGCGGUCUCGAGCCCAAUCCACCAAGAAUACGCAGCAGCAACAGCAGCAGUCACAACCUCAUGCCAAUGGUGAUAGUACUCGACCACAUCAUGUAAAUCAAGAAGAAGGCCCGAAUGAUGUGAACGACGAGCAUUCAGACCACUUCAAUUACCUGCCGACGAGCUUGCUGGAUAUGCCAAGCGACUUGAAUCUCGGAUUGGAUCCCUCCUCGUUACAGGCCGACAUCCAUCCUGCAUUGACGGCUCCGUAUGGUGCCGCAGGGAGUCUUCACGCGAGUCAACCGUCAUGUCCUCCUCAACCGGCGUCUCAUCUGAGAACUGCUGAACAAGCAGGACAGACACGCUGGAGUGAUGCUCCCAAUCAAGAACCUUCUAACGACUUGUACGACUUUUCAUUACCCGCCACGAUGCGGCCUUCCUUUCCCUCGACCUAUCACAGACAUCGCGUGUCUCUGGCUGGAAACAUGUCCCCUCAGCAUGCACAGCAGCAAGGGCACGAUGACAUGAUGGUGGACUUUGACCAAGCAGGAGAGAACUUAAAAGGAGCCGAUGGCAAAGGUUCACGUCCAGAUUCUGGCUAUGGUAAUGAAUUAUCUCCUUCCGAUCUACUGCAGUCGCCUUAUGGGGACGCGCCAGAUUCAGACUCGGAGCUGCGGGGCAAUCCCCAAGACCGGGAGGAGCCCUCAAAUCCAAUUCCUGACGCGCAUCACUCCAAUGACUUCUUGGAUCCGCAGACUGUCAGACACCAACGUGCAGCUUCACCAGCACAUGCAGUCAAUACCCGUCGUUUGUACUGGGCAGGGGACGCAGGGGAGUGGUUCAGGAUACCCUCUGAGCCCUAUAGAACUACCAGUGGACUGCACGUUUAA